AAUUAUAAAACGAUAUCGUUAUUAAUAGGAUGAGGAAAUAUUUGAUUUUAUGUGACAGUGUCCCGUCUUACCCCAUGUAUACUAUAGUCCUCUAGUCUCUAUAUAUAUGGGUGUGUAAUAACAGCAGAUGCCGCAGUAAGGUCGGCAAGUGCAAGGUAUAUUAGUGGAUGUCGCUUAAACGUGAGCAACGAUGCGUAAAUAUAUAUUCGAAGCUUUGUUCAAUAGAGCGAUUCCGGAGAAAUAUUUAAAUAAUCUUUAUUGUAACUUUGAUCCGUUGAAACAGUUGAGUUAUUGGAAGUGGAGGAUUUUAUAUUUAAUAAAAAGUUAUAAACGACCCCACGGUUUUAUAAGGGUGUGCCAAUAUAUAGGAAAACUUUUACGCAAAUUGAAGGAAUAUAAAUAACGUUUAAGUGAGAAUUGUGGAGCGGUCACUUUCCCGUUCAAUACGCAGGUCAUGUUUUGAACAAAUGGUCAACUUGGUCGUGAUUGGAUUAAUAUGGCACGAAUAUUCCGGGUCGUUUUGACCGCACGGUAACACCAUAGAUAUCAAACAACAUCAAUAAAAAACAAAACGUAAUCGACUUGAAAUAAACAAUGACUAUUAGGAGUAAUUGACCUUGAUAGCAAUAAUAUUAAGGCGGUGUUUCAAUUAAUGAACAGUUCAAUCGCCGUCUACUUGGUACAAUUGUAUUACACACCACGUGUUAAAUGUUUAAGCUACAGCGCCUGUACCACAUGGUCGCAUACGAAGCAAUCAACCAUACGUUUACGUCAGCGAACUUCCGCUGACCUCAAACCAUGAAAGUCAAAUCUCGUGAUUGCGUUUGAUGGCGUUGAGUAAUGUAACGGUGGGACUUAUUUAUUAACGACAAUCUUUAUAACACGGGUGUUCUGUUUCAUACACCUUGUGCCCACUUACAAGUUACCACGUAUGAGUAACUUUGUGGGUGAUUGUUUUUGGGAUAUUUUCAUAUUUUUGUAAUGUAUGGCCGAUAAUUUCGACAGCCUAUAAAUAAGUAACCCCUGCGUUGGCGUUGAGUGAUGACGUUAUAUAUGAUAAUGCGAACCACAAGCGAGUGUGGUCGGGUACAAUAUACUUACAAGGGUGGGUUGGUAUCUGCUGUAACCGCGAAACGUAAAUUGAAGCGGGCAGGUGUUUAUCGUGAAGUUAUAACGUAAACAAAGUAAGGCAACCCCGCUAAGAGGAAGCGUGUUAAGCUACCGGGGGUGGGUUUCAAUAGAAAACCUAAGGAUGUGGUUUUAAGAUAGCUAACAUACACUUUACAUCAAAGCAUCACAUCUGUGUGUAUUGUACCAUUGUAGACCCUUAAAAGGUUGCGAUCUCAUCAAUCAUCAUUGAGGUAACACUCUUGGUAUGGGAGGCCGCACCACAAGCCGUGUGUGGCAUCUGCCGCCUAAACUAUUUCCGUGGUGAAGAAUUUUGUAAGUCAGAUUUUUUGCAGGGCCCCGUUUUGUAGUUGGUACUACAGUUAAUGGGGAAGCUCUGUUAACAAUCUAUGUCUUCGAUUGCAAUAACAAAGCUACACAAGUGAUAUUAAUUAACAUAACGAAGAGAUUUAGCAGCAAAACAAACCAAGCGUAAAAUAAUCACUGUUCGAAUAGACAUCCGACAACGUUAUUGUCCAAAUACGUUUUGUCGACCGUAUUAACUAAAACAAUAAAGGUGCAAAACAUUUAUCUGGAACGUCUAAGCGACUUAUCUGGAGCAACAAACAUAUACGUCUGAAUGCUAACGUUAUUGUAACAAAUGCCGUCUAGAUAAGUGUUAAUGAGGUGUCAACCGUAUAUAUAUUAAAUGUGAACAACAGACGUUAUUAGAUGGGGAAUAGCAAGGCAAAUUUAGAGCUACGUCGGUGGUAUGUCAGUCAACGCAUGAGGUUCGCACGCGACGAAGUUUCGUUUAAUGAUUGUUCCAGUAGAUUGGAACCCUGGAUGAUGGUUUGUUGGAUGCUGAGGUGUGGAGACGUUUAUAGUAUUGUGGGGGGUCGGGUUAGAGAACGUUAAUGAAAUAAAUAAGUUGUGUUUAGUGCAGGUCGAAGUGGAUAGUUCCUUUGUUUAGCCUCGAUGUAAAAGAACAAACAGGGAAUAUCUACAUCAAACGUUUUUUUUUUCAAUUUACUUAGGCGAGAUACGCUUGAGUGUAAACGCCGCUUUAAAGAACAAACAAAGCAAUAUCACGCUAACGUGAAGAUAUUUCUUUGUUUGAUAAGUUUUGAACCAAUACCUGUUUAUAAGGUUUGAGCAAUUAAAUGUAACCUGUUAUUUUGUCAGCAGGUAUAUAUGAGUAGGGCGAUUAGAGAUGUCGUUUCAUUUAAUAUUAACCACGUUACUGGUUGUGCUUGCUUUGAAUCUAAUACCUGCACAAAGUGACCAAGCUUCCACACAAGUAAGAUACGCUGAGAGUGAGACAGCGGAUACAGCGGUUGUUGUGCCGAACCUGCAAGCGUUGGGUGAAAAUGCAAGUGAAGAUACGUUUACUGUAACCGUGGAAUCAGAGCAACAAAGCGGGGAAGCGAAAGGCUGCGCGUCGUCUGAUUGUCAAUCAACGACCAGUGAAUGCGGGUCAAGUUAUGAAUAUAAGAGGGAUUGUGUGUCUUAUGGUUGCUGUGGUUGUUGUGGAUGUGGGGGUUGUGGUUCAAGUUCAACCGGGACGUCGGAGAUUAGUUUAUUACUAAGGACGAUGGACAGGUUAACUCAAGGACCUCCCGGCCCACAAGGACCACCGGGUUUGCAAGGUCCCGCGGGCUUUCCUGGCAUGCCAGGCCCGCCGGGGAAGGCAGGAUUUCCCGGUAUCCAAGGUCAGACCGGAUUACAAGGCCCGCCUGGGAUCGGCAUCAAAGGAAUGAAGGGAGAUUGUGGACCUCGAGGUGAACGUGGUGAGAACGGAACACCCGGGAUAUGUAAGCCAGGACUACCGGGCAAACCUGGCCCACCUGGUCCACCAGGGGUGGUGUAUACGUCGGAAGAACUACAGAGUUCUCCAUUGAAGAUUGCAGGGCCGCCUGGACAGCCUGGUGAGAAGGGAACGCAAGGUGAACCUGGGAUGCCAGGGAUUGAAGGGGAGAGGGGGGAGACGGGAGUUGGAGUUAAAGGUGAACCUGGUAUGAAAGGAAUGACUGGUCCUCCGGGUCCUCCUGGACCUCCUGGACUUUCAUCAAGUGAUGUAGAGACAGUUAAGGUUGUUCGGCAAACUGAUGGGCCGCGGGGACCGAAGGGUGAAAAGGGGGAGUCGAUAACAGGUACUCCUGGUGUUAAGGGCGAUAAAGGGAUGCCUGGUAUGAAGGGGGAAGGUGUGGAAGGACCUGUUGGCGCUCCUGGGCCUAGAGGACCUACAGGGCCAAAGGGGGACAUUGGUGUCGGUGUCGUUGGGCCAAGAGGGCUCCCUGGUCCACCGGGCACACCUGGGGUUGGGAGCAGGGGUAGAGAUGGUGUCGACGGCGAAAAGGGGGAGAUGGGACCACGUGGGUUGCAAGGACCACCCGGGGAAUCUGGGAAUCAAGGAAGUGGUAACCUUGUUAAUGGUGGGUCUGUGAAAGGGGGCAAGGGAGAUAAAGGUGAAGCUGGUAGAAAGGGUAUGCGGGGCGAUGAUGGUGUUGACGGGCGUCCUGGUCGCAAUGGGGCGGCUACUAAAGGUAUGAAGGGAAUGUCCGGUCCACCUGGACCUCCAGGAGCAUCGGUGAAGGGAGAAGCAGGUCCGCCAGGUCCCCCAGGUCCUGCAGGGAGAUCAGGAGGUAGGAUGAGCAUGGGAGGAUCGAGUAGUUCCUCCUCAUCUGCACAAUGUUGUAGGAGGGAGCAGGUCGCUUUCAUGGCGGCAUUGUCGCAUAACUUUCAAGGCAACAACCAAGGGGUGGCGUUUGAUAAUGUGCUUACUAACAUUGGAUCUGCGUAUAGAUCGGCUACUGGAUGCUUCAUUGUACCAGCGGGUGGGAUAUAUGUCUUCCAUCUACAUAUACUUAGAUGUAGAAGCAGUGGGCCGUUGUACGUUCAUAUGAUGCGAAACAACGAGAUGGUCAGUUCAGGUACCAACCAAGACACAAGGUUUGAAACAACCUCAGCAAGUGCUGUAUUAACAUUACAACGUGGGGACGUGGUUUGGGUGCGGCUGCGACAAGGUAUAAUAUACGGACACAGCCCUUCACAUUACUCAACCUUUUCCGGCUACGCGAUCCAACUAAACGAAGCCGUAAACGUCGCCGCUGCCAUGGCGAACCAGAGAUACAAGUCAGGUUCAAGUUACAACUUAUACAGAGAAUCGACAUCGAACGUUUUAACCGAAGAAGCGGCGGCACGAGCAAGGUCUAUGAUGAUGAGUGGUAACGACUGAUACGGGGCGAGACAUAAACCAAGUGGUUGGUGAAGGGGAGCCCGUGAUGGGAAUAUUUAUUUUUGAUUACAUUGUUUUUAUAGAGCGCCAUACGCUACACACGCGUGUUUAUCAAGGUGUAUUUCAACGACGAUAUCUUAAACAUACACCACUAUACUGGGAAGUCAAACUGAAGAGUUUAUUAUCCGCGAAAAUUUCACAUUUGCUUCAUUGCUUUUUUAUAUUCACUAUUGUAUGUUUAGUUGUUGCAUCCGCGUAUUAAGAUUUAUUCACAGCAGUAUUACUGACGUGUGGGGCACACAAGUAUCAUGAGUGUGGUGUACUUGAUAAUAAUGGCACCUCACAGUAAAUAUGCGACCCCCACCCACACAAUCACAAUAUGUUCCAUUUACAAUGAAUAUACGUGUGUUGCGAUGUAAGCGAGAAAUACAAUAUUGCCUCGUA